GUCCAGCAGUGGCGACCCACCGAGCUGGCCAGGCUUAUGGCGACGGCACCGGUCAUGCCUCGACCCGGCGGGACUCGAGCACAGCUACCGCCCUGCUACUACGAGGGAUAUCUCGAGAAACGGGGACCCAAGGAAAAGGUUUCACGGCGUCUGUGGACAUGCUUGUGUGGCAACACGUUAUAUUUCUUCAACAAUGCCAAGGACACACAUUAUGUGGAGAAGCUGGAUCUGAGUGGGUUUGUGUCUCUGAUUGAUGACUGCAGUCGAGACAGGAAUCUGGAGGCGGCCAGACUGAACCUGCGCAUGAAAGAUGGAGAGAUCAAACUCACAGCUCCCAACCUGGAGGCACGUGAGUUGUGGAAAGGAUUCCUCUAUUCUGUAGUAGAUUUGGCAGUGCCCACAACUCUGACCCUGCUACCAGGGCAGCUGCACAUGCUGAAGGAAGUGGUGGAGAAAGAGAGGCAGAGACGAAAACGCUCGCUCUCCAGAGCGCCCUCCUCUCCCCUCUCUCUGCCUCUAGUGGGGGAGAUCCCUGCGUGUUUCAGGCCCGUCUCUCGUACAGAAGCAGAAGUGCUGUUAGAGAGGCACCCGGACUGUGGGAACAUGCUGCUGAGGCCAGGCAGAGACGGGACGUCGCUUGCUGUCACCACACGCCAAGACCUCAAUGGCUCAGUCUUCAGACACUACCGGGUGACCCAGAAGCAGCAGGGCGGUUACAUCAUUGAUGUAGAAAACCCGAUACCAUGUCCAACCCUGCAUGAUGUCAUCAACGCUCUGGUAGAGAAGACAGCAGGAACUCUUCAGCCUUUUCUACUGGAGGAGCCUUACGAAGAAAAUAUCACGUAUAUUUCCUCUAAUGAUGAGAACGGAGAGCGAACUCUACACUGCGCACCUACAAGCACUUUCUCCAGAGGACCCGCACUGCCCCCAAAAGGGCCAGAGAGAUGGACACUGAGGUCACAGACUAAAUCUCCUAGCCCCUCCCACAGAUCAUUAAGUCCUCCGGGUUCCCCAUCCAGCCCAAUGAGACGUCUUGUGCUCUCUCCAUCGCCACUGACACAGACAGCUUUCACGGAAGAGCUCAAACAGAAGCUAGAGAAAAGGCGUACCAGUCAAGACUGACUUCUUCCUUCUCCUCAGCAAAUCAGCAGCCAGCUGUCUGAUUCUGCCAGUGCCUUGUGAUGAAGAGGUCAGACCGGUUGCCCAGAGACAGAGUCAUCGCUCUUCGGCAUUCUGCUCCAACCCCCUUGUGUUUGAAUCAAGCUUGUUCAUUGAAGUCGCAGCUAUGGAAGCAGAGUCUAAUUUCCACAGUGCAUCAUUACCAAGUUGAGGAUCGACUACGGGAACUUACUGUGGACCAAUUUGAGCCAAUAAUCGGUGCGUCUCCUUCACAAAGAUGCCUUUCUCCUCAGGUUUUUCACCUGACUGCUCACACCUCAGAGAGGCAGUCGAUCAACAUCUUCACCUGCCAAGACACAAGCACAUCAAACCAGCCUUACGCUGAGAGACUAUACUGAAUCAUUGCUGAUUACAAAGAAGCACUGACUGUACAGUAAUGUAUGUUCUGCUGUUCUGAUUUAACCGCUAUACGUGUUCAGUAGGCUUCCAUAGAGUUAGAAUGACGUCACUUCUGUGGUUCCAUGAGUGUCCUGAAGAUGUCAGCAUUUUACAGAAACUGUUAUGUUGGAUGCAUUCUGUAACCAGCAGGUAAAAGACCAAAAUCUGAAAUGUUAUGCUCAGAAUAGAACAAAACAGCAAUGAAGAGGAACUUCCAGACUGGGAAGUUGAUUAUGUUUCUGUAGAGAGUGAAGUGUCUUGUAUUUGUGCUCCAGGUUGACUAACUAAACUGUGGUUGUCAUUACUGGUUUGUCUAAUGAACGUGCAUGGUGCUACUGUUUGUAGAUAUUUGAAUUCAUGUGAGUAUCGAUGUUGAUUUUUUUGUUGUAUUUAUUGGAAUUAAAUGGAUCAUUUUUCACUAAGGCCAGCAGUCUUUUUCCACCAAAAAGCAACAGAGUUUGUCAGCUGUCAGUGCAGGAUACUCAAAUAUAAAAAUACUGGAGUGGAUCUAAAGGGUGAAGGGUAUGUCUUUAGUACAUUUAGUUAGGAAACAUAAUUUAUCAUGUUCCUGUACAGGCUUUUUAUUUUAUUUUUCUAGUUUGAAAUGCUACAUUAUGAAUAAGUACAAACAACCCUUUCCCCUGGCAAAGUGAAUGCAACAACUGGAAUUUUGGAGGUAAUUUUACAGGGUAAUAUAUAUAUAUAUAUUAUAUAUAUAUAUAUAUAUAUAUAAAUGUUAAUGUCAAUUACAAGUCUCAAGCCUCAAUGUUUUAUCUAGAAAGUCCAAAAAAUGUUGAUGUUAUAUUGCUCUGGCUUAGUGCUGACAAACUACUAGAAUUGCAUAAUGAUGCUACCAGAAAUGAUCGUUGUUCUAGAGGUGUUUUUCCUUGUAUUUGACUGAGUUGAGAUUUAUGGACCGAACAGAAGGCCUAGUCACGGCUUGCCACUGUUUAGAAGUAUCUCACCAAAAAUCAAAACAAAAUCAUGAAAAAGCAUCACUAUAAGGAAGACCAGAGAAUACAGCAAUGAUGUGAGGCAUAAGGUUGU